GUCCGAGAUUUCAACUUCAGUUAUAUAUAGAUCUGUUUUCCAUCAGCUCAAAGCCCUCUCUGAAAUUCUCAGAACAUUUUCUCAUCUUCAAAAAGCUUCUAUUCUACUAGAAAACAAAAUUAAAAAUGUCUGGAUACCCACACCCGCCCCCCGGCUACGGCUACGGCAGCACGCCUCCACCAGGCAAACCCUACGCCGCGCCGCAGCCAGGCCAGCCAGGCCAACCCGGCCAGCCCCACCAACACCAAGCGCAACCGUACGGAGCGCCGGCUGCACCUUAUGGCGCGCCGUCUGCACCCUACGGCGCACCAUCGGCACCGUACGCCGCGCCGUACGCGCCAGAGAAGCCUCACCAGAGCCACGGAAGCAGCGGGGGUGGAUACCCGCCGUCGGCUCCGGGCUACGGAAGCCCGUUCGCGGCUCUGGUGCCAUCGUCGUUCCCACCCGGUACGGACCCGAAUGUGGUGGCGUGCUUUCAGAUGGCGGAUCAGGACGGCAGUGGCUUCAUCGACGACAAGGAGUUGCAGAGAGCUCUGUCGUCAUACAAUCAGAGCUUCAGCUUGAGGACUGUUCAUCUUCUCAUGUACCUCUUCACCCAAACCAACACCAGGAAGAUCGGGCCUAAGGAAUUCACUGCAGUGUUCUACAGUCUUCAGAGUUGGAGGGGAAUAUUUGAGAGGUUCGACAGGGAUAGAAGUGGGCACAUUGAUGCAACUGAGCUGAGAGAUGCACUGCUGAGUCUGGGUUUUUCCGUGUCACCUACGGUUUUGGAUCUGCUGGUCUCUAAAUUCGACAAGACCGGAGGCAAACACAGGGCCAUUGAAUAUGACAAUUUCAUCGAGUGCUGUCUUACUGUUAAGGGUUUAACCGAAAAAUUUAAGGAGAAGGACAAAGCGUACACCGGUACUGGAACUUUCAGCUAUGAGGACUUCAUGUUGACUGUGCUGCCUUUCCUCAUUGCAUAGGAUGUCAACAGAUUUUCUGGAAUUCUGGGUUUAGAGGUUAAUGUAAUAUCUAGUUCUUUAUGCAUGUUUUCUAGUGGACUGGUGUGGUAUAGCUGUAUUUGCUCGCUACAUAUAGCUUUUGAUAUAAUAAUGCUUCAGAAUUUGGUUUGAUCUUGUUCCUCGUUUCCUUUCCUUGUAAGUUUCCUCUUCCCCUGAUCUUUCCUCCUGUAUAAGCUUGUGAUGUUGCUAUCUGAUUCAUUUUCCUUUUGCA